AAACCGAUAAGUUUUUUAUGCAUCAUUAAAAAUUUUUAACAUAAACUUUUUCUUGCUUUAAAAACUUUAUACAACAAAACAAAAAAACUGCCAGAACUCUCUAUUUAGACACUACUUAGAAAAUUCGAUAUAACAAUGUUUUUCAAACGUGCAACUAGUUUAACAAUCUUAACAACAUGCGGAAAGAAUAUGACUCUUGUUCGGCGUCUAUCUGACGAUGCCCUCAAGAAAUCCAAACCAGCUGCGAAUGAAAUCAAGAAAUCCGUGUUUAUUUCCCAAUCCACGGAUGUGUUUACAAAUCUAGCAUUGGAGCAAUGGAUGUUUAAAAAUAUGGAUUUCACACAUAAACAUAUUUUAAUGUUAUGGCGUAACGAUCCAUGUGUGGUUAUUGGACGUCAUCAAAAUCCAUGGAUUGAGACUAACGUGGACGAGUUGAAGAAUCAAGGUGUUAAGAUUGCCCGACGGAACAGUGGCGGCGGUACCGUUUAUCAUGAUUUAGGAAAUUUGAAUAUGACCUUUUUCACACCGCAGAAGUUUUAUAAUCGUCGUUAUAAUUUGGAGAUUAUUUCGAGAGCAUUGUUCCGUGAAUGGGGUUUGGAUGCGAAGGUUAACAAGCGCGAAGAUAUUGUUGUCAGAGAUUCAAAAAUAUCUGGAACAGCUUCGAAAUUGACACGAACCAACUGUUAUCAUCAUUGUACACUUUUGGUGGAUGUUAAUAAGUCUGCACUUGGAAAUGCUUUAUUGAAGAAAGAUUUAGGAAUUGAAUCAAAUGCAACCAAAUCCAUCCCGUCCCCAGUUUUGAACUUGAAGGAUGAAAAUCGUCAUGUCAACAUGAACAAACUUAUGACAGCUGUUGGAUGGGAAUAUUUACGUACACCGGCCACUGAACUAAUUGAUAAUGGAAUGAAAUACGCUUCUCAACAAAAUGGUUUUAAAUAUAUUAAUCCAACUGAAGGGUGGUUCCCAGAAUUGAAUAAUAUUCGUGAAGAAUUCGCAAGCUGGGAUUGGACCUUUGGUAAAACACCAAAAUUCACGUCAAACAUCUAUUUACCAACUGUGCACGAUGAAAAAAUCAAAAUAAAAUUAAGCAUGAUCAUUGAAGGUGGAAAAAUCCAAGAUAUUGUCUUACAAAUCCCACCAGGUCUCUCCACAAUGGGUUUCGAGGGUGAGGCACGUGUUUACAUUGCUGAACUAUCUUCGUUAAAAGGACAACCGUUCUCACAAAAUGCUGUGGACUUGCUACGGAAAAUGAUGCCAUAUCAAGAGUCAAAAGAUCUUGGGAAAGUGCUUGUAGAAUCUGUUAAUUAAAAUGAAAUCUCAUGUGAAAAUAUAAAGCCAUGUUCAUAUUAUAAAAAUAUAUAUUUUUUUAAGCAAUAAAGAUACAAAGUAUGCGUGAUCAUCGCCUGUAUAUGAUUGUUGAUCACGUGAUCUGAUAGCAUAA